AUGCACCAGCAGGGCUCUAUAGAAGCUCAGAGUGGCUCCGAUAUCGAAAAGAGAGCAGACGGUGACCAUGAGUCUGUUUCUAGGGUAAGCACUGACGAUAAUGGCAUCACCACCAAUAUAGAUAAACACGCAGAGGUGGUCACAGACAGAGGUGUCUACCGUGUGGAAUCGCUCAAAAAGGUGCUUUACACUCAUAAGAAUGGUCUUCGUAUGAGGGUGAUUUUGGGCGUUUCGGUGCUUCUUUGUGCAUGGGCUGCUGCUUUAGAUUCUAGUGUAACCACGAGUUUGCAGCCGUGGGCUACUUCUGCUUUCAACCAUCACUCCAUGGGUCUCGGUACCUUGAACGUUGCUGUCCAGAUUAUCAACGGUAUUUCCAAACCUGUUUGGGCUAGAACCGCCAAUAUUGUGUCUAGACCAGCGACAUACACACUUUCCAUGUUGUUCUACGUUCUAGGUUACGUUAUCGUGGCUUCCAGUCAUACGAUUUCCGCCUACAUUGUCGGUUCGGCUUUGUCCGCUGCUGGCAGUUCUGGUGUGGAUUUCUUGAAUUCCAUCAUUGUGGCUGAUAUGACAUCUUUGAAAUGGAGAGCUUUGGCUACCUCCAUCUUGAGUACACCCUACAUUAUAAACACAUGGUACGCAGGCUAUAUUGUCCAGGACUUGGGCUCCUCGGGCUGGAGAUGGGGUUAUGGCAUGUUCUGUAUCAUCAUGCCUGUGGUUCUUUCCCCUGCUACUAUCAUCAUGUUUUUGUAUGAGGGCAAGGCCCAUGAGUACCUUGGUCAGCAGGAGAAGUCUGACUACAAGCAGGAGAUGGGAUUCAAGAAAAACUGGAAAAAGCUCUUGUGGCGUGUUUUGAUUGAGGUUGACGCUUUGGGCUUGCUACUUAUCGGUUUCGGGUUUUCUCUUAUUUUGUUGCCAUUCUCCUUGUAUGAUGGUGCAGAGGGCAAAUGGAAGAACCCCAGUUUGAUUGCCAUGUUUGUUGUUGGUGGUGUGUUGAUCAUCUUCUUCUUCAUGUACGAGUUCAUCUGGGCUCCCUUCCCCAUUGUCCCCAGAAGAUGUCUCAACAGAACCCUUGUUGCUUCAGUUGUCAUUGACUUCUUCUACCAGCUUGCAGGUAUGAUUCCCCUUGUCUACCUUUCCUCUUUUGUCUACAUCGUCAAAGACUGGAGUGAUCAAGACUGGACCUACUACAACAACACCUUGACAAUGUCGCUUUGUGUGUUCGGUGUCGUUGCUGGUGUAUGUAUGAGAGUCACUCACAGGUACAAGGUUUUCCAGUACAUUGGUGUCAUUUUGGCUAUUCUCGGUUCCAGUAUAAUGCUUGAUGGCAGAACAGCCAGUGACGGUACUUUGAACAUCAUUUGGUCACAAAUCCUCAACGGUAUGGGUGGUGGUUUCAAUGUUGUUGCUUCUGGAGUCGCCUUGCAAGCUUCUAUUCCUCACAGAGACAUGGCCAUUUCCAUUUCGAUCGUCAACUUGAUCUCGUCUAUUGGUUCCUCUAUCGGUUCUUCCAUUUCCACAGCCAUUUGGCAAGGAAAGAUGGAGCAGACGUUGAGAAAGUACAUGCCUUCCAGUGUAACCGAUAGCGAAGUCAGCGAGUUCUUUGCCAGCAUCACUAACCUCCGUAACUACGAGUUCAGCAGUGAUGUUAGACAAGCAGGUAUCAAGGCCUACAGAGAAGUCAAUUUCUAUUUUUACCCCAUUGCCGUGAGCUUGCAGUUUAUUCGUCUUGCUGCUGUCUUUUUCCAGAGCAAUUACUACCUUGGUGACACUCACAAUGCCGUGGAGACUGACGAUCAUAAGCCUAUUGAGAAGAGGGAGGACGAGGAGCCGAAGAAAAAGUCCUGGAAGCACAUCUUGCUUGGCUUGGAAGAGUGA